AUGCUGCAGGACACUAUUUCAAUUUCGCAGCUUGCCUUUUCGGCAGGCUCUCUGCUUAUUGCUUAUUCAUUCUUCUCAAUUGUAGUGCUCCCUUUGAUCUCAGCACGAGGGAAGUUUCUGAGCUCGCAAACAUGGAUCGGCAUCAAGAAGCAAUGGUUUGCUCACUACCGAGCUGGAUUUGCAGCGGUGAAGAAUACGCACUACAUGGUUAAAGAGGGGGCAAACAAGUGUCUCAAGCGGGGCAAGCCAUUCGUCCUGCCGCAAUUCAGUGCAGAGCCAUAUGUCAUCCUUCCAGCUCACACUCUACAAGAGGUGAUGAACCACAGAGACGAUGAGGUAGACCCACACACUCUCAACAACGAAGGAAUCGCGCAUUCAUACACCAUUGGCACGGCUUUCGUUGACGGACCGCACUUCGAUGUCGUCAGGCGCCAGCUCACUCGCAAGCUUCCGACCUUGACGAACGAUGUCUACGGCGAGCUAGUGCAGGCCAUGCACGACCAAUGGCCGGUCAACAGCACCGACUAUGUUUCGAUCAAAGCAUAUGAUUCCUGUAUGAAGAUCGUGAGCAGAGCUGCCAACAGAGUAUUCUGCGGGAGCAAGCUCUGCCGGAUACCUGAGUUCCUGGAUUACUCCCGAAUCUAUUCUGUAUCAGUGUUCAAGGCCGGAGGCAUCAUGAAGCUAUUUCCGAAAUGGAUGAAGCCCCUAGUGGCGCCUAUCUUAACAAGAGACGUUCACAACUACAGGGAGAAGUGCAAGCGUAUUGCUGUUCCAGAGAUUCGGGAACGUCUAAGUCACUUGCAAUCGGAGGCCAAAGACCCAAACUACGUGGAACCGAACGAUGCGCUGCAAUGGCUACUCAGAGAGUCGAUUGAAUUGGGCAAGAAGGAUGCGUUCAACCUGGAUGAGGAUGUGAUCGUGCGCCGCCUGCUGCUAUUGAACAUGGUUGCAAUCCACACCACAAGUCUAGUCACCACAAACACGCUGCUCGAUAUCUACGGGUCUCCUGAUGCCGAGCACUACGUUGCCGGCCUUCGCGAGGAAUGUGAAAGGGUUUUGGCUGAAUUUGGCGGUGUCUGGACGAAAGACGCCGUCAACAAGCUCAUUCGUGUCGACUCUGCGAUUCGCGAGACAAUGCGCUACACCGCACUUGCGGACAUCAACCUGAAACGUUUGAUCACCGCUUCCAAUGGCAUUACGCUGAGCAACGGCAUGCACAUCCCAUACGGCACACGCGUCGCCUGGUCAUCGUAUGACGUCCAUCAAGGCCAGGAGCGAUAUCCCGAACGACCUCAUGAAUACGACGCUUUCCGUUUCUCACGACCCAGGGAAGACUAUCUUGAGCGUGUCAAAGCUGGCGAGGAUCCUGAGCGGUUACAGCGAGUGCUUGAGCAGAAGAACACAGCUCUCAUUGCCGUUGGUAAUGAUUGGAUGUCCUUUGGCCAUGGUAGGCACGCUUGUCCUGGCAGGUUCUUCGCUUCGCAGGAAAUGAAGUUGAUGGUCGCACAUGUUGUCAUGAACUACGACAUUAAAUGCGAGGGAGGCAGGCCGGCCAAUGUGCUCAUCAAUGGAUCGUGCGUACCAAGCCCGACUGCUGAGUUGCAGAUUAAACUCAGGUCGUAA